AUGGAUUCACUAGAGGCUCUCGAUGAGUACAUUAAAUCAAAAGAUAAUUUCAAAAAAUGCAUAAACUCUUCUGAAGUUCCUGUAAUUUGUAAAUCCGAACCUUGUAUGCUUGGAGUAGAUGAAGCAGGUCGUGGUCCAGUAUUAGGUCCAAUGGUAUACGGUAUAGCAUAUUGUCCAUUGAAUCAGACGAACAUCUUGCAAUCUUUAGGUUGUGCAGAUUCAAAGGCUCUUACAGAAGCAAAGAGAGAUGAAAUUUUAUUAAAAAUGUUUUCUGAAAGUGAAACAGUACAAAAUGUUGGUUGGAUUGCUGAAAUUAUAUCUCCAAAUUAUAUUUCGAAUUCUAUGUAUAGACGAGCAAAACAUUCAUUGAAUGAGGUCUCAAUGAGCUCAGCCAUAGGUUUAAUAAAAAAAGCAAUAGAAAUGGGGGCAAAUAUUGCAGAAGUUUAUGUCGACACAGUAGGGCCACCUGAAAAGUAUCAAGCCAAACUGAGUGAAAUUUUUCCAAAUAUUAAAAUAAUAGUUACAGCAAAAGCAGAUUCUAUUUAUCCAAUUGUAUCAGCAGCGAGUAUUGUGGCAAAAGUGACAAGAGACCAUGCACUUAAAGUGUGGAAAUUUCAUGAGGGCCUGCAGUUAGAUCAUACUGAAUUUGGCAGUGGAUACCCCGGAGAUCCCCUAACUAAGAAGUUCAUACGAGAUCAAAUAGACCAUGUUUUUGGAUAUCCCUUACUAGUACGAUUCAGUUGGUCCACUGCAGAGUUGAUGUUACAAGAAAAAGCAGCGAAAUGCACCUUUGAAGAAGUGGAAGAUACAAACAAAAAACCAGCAGGAACUCAAUCUAUCACCACAUUCUUUUCCCCAAGAAACGAAAAGAAACGAAAACUACACAAAUUCUUUGAAGAGAGAUAUUUGACGAUGAGCAAUGCUUUUGAA